AUGGUUCAAAUAACGCCAAAGCCAGAAGGCGAUAACAAUAAUUUUGAAGAUCCUGGCUCUCGUCGCCCCCAUGAGAUAUAUACCCCAUCAAUCGAAGAUCUUGAGGUUGGGCAGCCACCCAUCUUGAAUGUCGACGAUGCAACAAAACCCGAUCCGCAUUUGGUGACUUGGAAUGGUGCAGACGACCCAGAGAAUCCAAAGAACUGGAGCAGAAAGGAUAAAUGGGUCAUGACAGUACUUAUUUCAACCUACAACUUCAUCUCGCCGGUUUCCAGUACUAUGGUGGCACCAGCUCUGGCAACACUAGGAGCAGACCUCCACAUGCAAAGCGAAAUUGAGAUUGAAAUGGCGCUGUCAAUUUUCGUACUUGCCUAUGCGAUCGGGCCACUCUUUUUCGGACCACUAUCCGAGGUAUACGGGCGCUCCCGGAUUGUCCAGCUGAGCAACAUUUGGUUCUUGGCUUGGAAUCUCGGCUGCGGAUUUGCCCAGAACAGUGCCGAGUUCUUUGUGUUCAGAUUCCUUGCUGGAAUUGGAGGGAGUGCGCCACUGGCUAUAGGAGCGGGAAUACUUGGGCAAGUUGACUGUUGGUCGCCAGCGGAGCGAGCCAAAGCCGUGGGCAUCUAUAUGCUCACACCAAUCCUUGGCCCCGUCGUUGGACCGAUAGCUGGCGGUUUCAUUGCACAAAAGUCGACGUGGCGCUGGGUGUUCUGGUCUGUCAGCAUAGUUGCUGCCUUUGUCCAGAUAUGUGGUCUAGUCUGGUUGAAGGAAACACAUGGGCCUACACUGCUCAAGCGAAAGAGAGAGAAGCUUGUCAUGGAAACGGGUAACACGGAGCUACACGUUGGUGAUGAUGACAACAAGGUGCUCAGCAGCGCGUUGGGUUCUGCGCUGGCCCGUCCAGCACGAAUGUUGGCAACUCAGCCUAUCGUGCAGCUUGUAGCCUUGUACAUGGCAUACUGUUUCGGCAUAACCUACCUCAUCACCGUCACCUUUCCUGUUGUCUGGAGUGAAGUCUACGGCGAGAACCUGGGGAUAGGUGGACUGAACUUCAUCUCGAUAGGUGUGGGAAGUAUACUGGGCGUCUUCAUCAAUGUUCAGUUUAUUGACCGACUUUACCGCCACCUCAAGAAAAAGAACAACGACGUCGCUCUUCCCGAGUUCCGUGUUCCCGCUAUUAUCAUUGGUUCCGCAAUGGUCCCAGUUGGGCUCUUCUGGUACGGUUGGAGCGUCCAAGGUCGCGUACAUUGGAUCAUGCCAAAUAUCGGCGUUGCAAUCUUGACCAUUGGCACAAUGAUAUGUCUGCAAAAUAUGCAAGGCUAUAUCAUUGAUGCAUAUACAAAGCUUGCAGCGAGUUGCACGGCUGCCAUUGUGGUUCUUCGCAGUCUGGCAGGCUUUGGCUUUCCGUUGUUUGCGCCAUACUUGUACGAGAGGUUGGGUUAUGGCUGGGGUUCAAGCUUGUUGGCGUUCAUCAGCAUUGGAAUUGGUAUUCCAGCACCAAUCUUGUUUUAUAUAUGGGGUGCGAAGCUGAGAGCCAAAUCCAAGUUUGCAACGGGUUAG